GGUGCGGCCUGUUGAGCCAGUUGGAUACAAUCGUACCUUGCAGUAUGUGGUGGUACAUCCCAUCCAACGGAUUUCGAGCAAGGCAUGCUUUCUCUUACAAGAGCCAACAUUGGGCGUGCCAUCUGUCGCAGGAAGAAUCGUGCACGCCGGGUUCAAUGCGAGUUACUAUACCUUUGGAAGCGUAGAAUCCUCGACCUGGAGGACCAGACGAUCGAACUCCAGGUCAAUUUGCCCAUAUCGCUCUUCGUUCCUCUCGUAUAAAUCAUUGCACUUCCGAUGUUUCUCGAGCGGACGAAAGAAGUCUCACUACGUCUCAACCAACUAUGAAAGUGCCCUUCAUCCUCCGCUGCCCAACACAUGGUCGAUCAAGAU